AUGUCUCCAAGAAAAACCCAACCACCACCAGGGAGCGUACAAAAGCGCAAAGUGCGCAAGUCCGGCGCGCCCGCGACCGCACCAGCCACAGCCGAUGGAACAGCGCGCAAAACAGCAAAAGCAGCAAAACAACCAAUUUCCACCACCGUCCAACCCGGAGACCCAGCACCAACAGGCCGCCGCCGACGCUACAAACCCGGCACCGUCGCGCUCAAAGAAAUCCGCCGCUACCAACGCUCCUACGAUCUCCUAAUUGCAAAAUUGCCCUUCGCGCGCUUAGUCCGCGAAGUCGCGCUCGAUCUCCUGCCUGCAGACGUCGGAUCCGAGCUGCGCUGGCAGUCGCAUGCUAUCCAGGCUCUACAGGAAGCUGCAGAGGCGUUCCUCGUUCACCUCUUUGAAGAUACGAAUCUCUGCGCGCUGCAUGCGAAGCGCGUGACGAUUAUGCAGAAGGAUAUACAGCUUGCGCGGAGAAUUCGUGGUGUGUGGGGUGGCCUUGGCUAG